AUGGCGCCCCCGAAAACGAAUAAGGCAGAGCCCGAAGACUCGGAUGUAUCUGAUGUAUCCGACAUCGAACAGUCCGACAACGAAGACCGCGCUACCAAGCGCCGUCGUCUCUCGGAGUCAUCCAACGACUCAUAUGUCGCACCUGCGCCGCUCCCCACACUCUCACGUAUCAAGAAGAAGGGAGAAGUAGUCGACGAGCCUGAAGAGGAGGAAGAGGAACCGGUCACUAUUGCCGAUGCCAUUGAACUUGGUCGAACCAGCGAUCAUUCUACGUUCGCAACCCUAGAUGUUGCGCCAUGGCUUGUCGCUUCAUUGUCGACAUUGUCAAUCAAGCGGCCGACUGCUAUUCAAAAGGCCUGUAUCCCGGAAAUUCUGAAAGGAAAGGACUGUAUUGGAGGAAGCCGAACUGGUUCCGGAAAGACCAUGGCCUUUGCGGUCCCGAUCAUGCAGCAAUGGUCGCUGAACCCUUUUGGCAUUUACGCUCUCAUCAUGACCCCGACUCGCGAACUUGCUCUCCAAAUCUACGAACAAUUUAGGGCCGUAUCCGCCCCGCAAAAUAUGAAGCCCAUCCUCGUCGUCGGAGGUAUGGAUAUGCGGCAGCAGGCUAUUGACCUGGCCAACCGGCCUCAUGUCGUUAUCGCAACUCCCGGUCGACUCGCCGACCACAUCAAAACCUCCGGAGAAGACACCGUUGCCGGUCUCCGUCGGGUCAAGAUGGUUGUUCUGGAUGAAGCAGAUCGCCUUCUGGCCAGCGGACCAGGCAGCAUGCUUCCAGACGUUGAAACAUGCCUCGGUUCCUUGCCACCAUCCUCCGAGCGUCAGACCCUGCUAUUCACAGCCACCAUGACCGCCGAAGUGCGAGCAUUGAAAUCUAUGCCUGUAGCAGGUGAAAAGCCCCCCAUUUUCAUGACCGAGAUCGGCACCGAGAACCAAGGCAAGAUCCCGCCAACCCUAAAGCAGUCCUACUUGAAGGUUCCCAUGACGCAUCGUGAAGCAUUCCUGCACGCACUGCUCUCCACCGAAGAAAACGUCACCAAGCCAGUCAUUGUCUUCUGCAACCAUACCAAAACAUGCGAUUUGCUCGAACGUACUCUCCGCCGUCUCGGCCACCGCAUCACCGCCCUCCACAGUAUUCUCCCUCAAUCUGAACGCACAUCUAAUCUGGCCCGAUUCCGCGCCACUGCAGCUCGCGUCCUGGUCGCCACGGACGUCGCCUCGCGUGGUCUAGAUAUCCCGUCUGUCAGCCUGGUCGUUAACUUCGACGUUCCGCGCAACCCAGACGACUACGUGCACCGUGUUGGUCGUACUGCGCGUGCAGGCCGAACUGGUGAGGCCGUCACGCUUGUUGGCCAGCGUGAUGUCGAGCUCAUUCUGGAGAUUGAGAAGCGUGUUGGGCGUCAGAUGGAGGAGUUCGCCCAGGAGGGUGUUAAUAUUGAGAGCCGUGUUGUUCGCACUGGUGUGCUGAAGGAGGUCGGCUCUGCUAAGCGUGAGGCCAUGGGUGAGAUUGAAGAGGGUAGGGAUAUCCUCGGAAGAAAGCGUAACAAGCUCAAGAAGGUCCGGUGA